UGUUUCAGUAGGAUGGCCAUCAAUGAAUAAAAAUUGAAGAAGUAAAAUGUUAAAAUUAUAUAACCUAAAAGGAAAAUUUUAGGUUAGACAAAUGUAAACAAGAUGUCAUUGUUUAGAUUUAACUGGUUAAGAAGAUUUGUUAGGAGGAAUACACACGAAAUUCCUGAAAACAGGGCAGCAUUAUGGAAACAAAGAUUAUCUGUAGUGUACGCAGUUAUAGCUUGGAAUGCUUUUGGUUUUGUAGGUUAUAUGAUAUACAAAGGUAAAGGGGAUUGGGCAAAUUAUUAUGGUCUAAAGACAGAGGAAGAGAUGAAUAUGUCCCCAGGUCACCAAUGGGUUAAAACUUUAAAUCUUCAAGGAGCAGAGGUAUACAGAAUAAAAGGAUUUUCCCUCCAAAAAGUAGAAGAGAAGGAAACAAUGGAGAAAAAUGAAAAUAAUUCUCAAGUUUAAUUAUUUAAAAAUAUAAUCACAAUAAUUGGAUUCUGUAAAGCGAGUUACAAUCUUUUAAAAAUAUAGAACAUUUCUUACUUAAACUUAAAAUGUACAAUAAGGAACUUCACUAGCUUUCCCAAUCACAGUGUUCCAAUACUACCGAUUUUUUCUAUUAAUGCCAAACUUUUCCAUUUCCAUCAUUAAGGCCGAUCUGGAAACAUGUAUAUAUAGAUUAGUAUUGUAAAUUAUUAAAUAUACUGUAGAAUAACA